AUGGCUUAUAACCUACAUAGUGUCUGGGAUAGCAAUGACCCCGGGCUGGAGUGGACCCCUCCCGUUCGUUUACCCUAUCUAAACUCUCCUACACAGACCCUGGCUAUCUAUUUGCAGAAAGCGGCGUUACGGGACCUUGUUCUAAUAGCUCUAGAAUUCUAUCUUACAAAGGUUUGUCACGUCCUGCUUAAGAAGGUUGAUUACGCGAAUUUAGUCUACCUAGGAGGCGUUAUGAUCUGGGUAGUUAAUCAGGAUACUUAUAAUUAG